UGUCCACUGAAAAGGUGAGAGAACGAAAAAUUUCCAUUCUUGGAUACUGUAACCAGUCAUAGGAGAAUAGGAGCCAUUUUGGUGGAGGAUGCUAGGUAGUUCAAUAUCAAUAUAUUUAAGGAAACAGAUAAAUUGUGGAUAAGCAGACUUCAAGCAAUUAUUUUUCUUACUCCACUAAUAAUCCAUCAGCGUGGGCUAUGGGGAUUUCCCAAAGAGGUGGCCUGGGUACCCGGCAGCUGUUCUUCUCGAUUCUGUUCGGCACAGCUUGGGAGAUAGGAAGCGGGCAGAUCCUUUACUCCGUACCGGAGGAGGCGAAACACGGUACAUUUGUGGGGCGAAUAGCGCAGGAUCUGGGUCUGGAGGUCGGAGAGCUGGUGUCACGACUGUUCCGGGUGGUGUCCAAGGGCCGCAGGGACUACCUGGAGGUAAAUGUUCAGAACGGUAUUUUGUUUGUGAAUUCUCGGAUCGAUCGUGAGGAGCUGUGCGGCCGCAGCCCUGUUUGUAGCAUCCACCUGGAGGUGAUUGUGGACAAACCUUUGCAGGUUUUCCAUGUGGAAGUGGAGAUCAAAGAUAUUAAUGACAAUCCGCCCGUAUUCACGGAAAAACAACAAAACGUUUUUAUUUCAGAAUCUAGAUUGUUAGACUCGCGUUUUCCACUAGAGGGCGCGUCAGAUGCGGAUAUUGGCGCAAACUCUCUCCUGAAGUACCAACUUAGUCACAAUGAUUAUCUUACUCUGGAAAUGAUAACUAAAAAUGACAAAAGAAUGUUGCCUGAACUAGUAUUACAUAAACUAUUGGAUAGGGAGGAAACUCCAGAAAUCAGUUUGUUACUGACGGCUACUGAUGGGGGAAAACCUGAGCUUACUGGAACAGUUGAGUUACUUAUCACAGUCUUGGAUGUGAAUGAUAACCCUCCUAAAUUCGAUAAAUCCGAAUAUAAAGUUAAACUCUUUGAAAACUCACCAAACGGGACACUAAUGAUAAACCUUAACGCUACAGAUCCUGACAAAGGAAUCAAUGGAGAGAUUUCUUAUACAAUUAAAAGGAUUUCACCAGCAAGUGAAAAAUUAAGGUUUAUUAUGAACUCAGUUACUGGCGACAUCCGAAUUCAUGGGGAACUCGAUUUCGAAGAUAAUAGCGUAUAUGAAAUUCAGAUAAUAGCCACUGAUAGGGGAGCUCCUCCUAUGGUUGGUUAUUGCACAAUCUUGUUGGAAGUCGUGGACGUUAAUGAUAACGCUCCUGAGAUGUCCGUGACCUCCCUGUCACCGCCAGUCCUAGAGGAUGCCCCUUCAGGCACUGUUAUCUCCCUCAUCAGUGUGUCUGACCGUGAUUCCGGUAUCAAUGGACAGGUGACUUGCUCCUUGUCACCCCCCGGACCCUUUAUUCUAGUAUCCACCUUCAGGAAUUAUUACUCGCUGGUGCUAAACAGUCCUGUUGACCGUGAAAGCGUGCCAGUCUAUGAAUUGGUGGUGACCGCGAGGGAUGGCGGAACGCCAGUGCUUUUGGCCACAGCCCGAGUGACUGUGGUUAUUGGAGAUGUAAAUGAUAAUGCUCCUUCCUUCGAGCAGCCCAUGUACACAGUGUUUGUGAAAGAAAACAAUCCUCCGGGACAUCACAUCUUCACAGUGUCCGCGUCAGAUCCAGACGCGCUGGAGAACGCACUAGUAUCUUACUCCCUGGUGGAGCGGCGGGUUGGGGAACGUUUGCUGUCGAACUACGUGUCUGUGCAUUCAGAGAGUGGGAAAGUGUACGCUUUGCAGCCGCUGGACUACGAGGAGCUUGAGAUGCUUCAGUUCCAGGUGAGCGCUCGGGAUGCGGGCUUCCCUCCUCUAAGCAGCAAUGUGAGCCUGCAGGUAUUUGUGCUGGAUGAGAACGACAACGCUCCGACUGUGUUACCACCUCACUCUGGUGUUAGCCCAGUGACCCAGCUGGUGUCACAGUCAGUGACUGUGGGCCAUGUAGUGGCAAAAAUCCGGGCUGUGGAUUUGGAUUCUGGCUACAAUGCGUGGCUGGCUUAUGAGUUGUUGCCAGAGGUAGGCGUCGGACGUAGCCCUUUUCGAGUGGGUCUGUACACGGGAGAGAUCAGCACUACCCGCGCCUUGGAGGAGUCAGAUGGCCCUCGGAAGAUGCUGCUCGUCUUAGUAAAGGACCAUGGAGAACCGGCCUUGUCCGCAACUGCCACAAUCACCGUGUCCCUGGUGGAGAGUGGAUUGUCGGUGAAGGCAUUGUCUUUCAAUACUGCAGCUGCAGCUGCUGGUCCCGCACCUGAGACGGGGCUUAGAAAGGAGGCAGUUCUAGUCGAUGUGAAUGUAUAUUUGAUCAUAGCCAUCUGCUCAGUGUCUAGUUUGUUGGUACUAAGUCUUCUGCUGUAUGCUGCUUUUCGGUGUUCAGCACCCCCAGAGGGUGUGUAUGGGCUUGGGAAACCCACAGUGGUGUGCUCUAAUGAGGUGGAAAACUGGUCUUAUUCCCAGCAGCGACGGCAGAAAGUUUGCUCUGGAGAAGCCCGGCCAAAACUGAUCUCAUGGCCUUCAGCCCUAACAUUCCCCAAUCAAAUGAGGAGAGUCAGAAUCCCUGUCUAA